GCCUAUCACUGAGCUGCUAGCACCGGGGAGCCCGCCCGGCGAGGCCGCGCGGGAGGACAGAGCGCUGGCGGCGCUGGGACCCAGUGCGGCUACAGCGGGGCUGCCGCGGGCCGAGCAGCGAGUUUUUCAGUCUCUGCACACUGGACUGUGGUGAUUGCCGAGGUUGCCGAAAAUAUCAGAAGCCUAGUAGACAGUACCUGCCCUCUGCCUUCACACCACCCUUUACAGUCAACCAGUGGGAUGCAGGAGAAGAGAACAGCAGUAAAGGAAGCACUGCAGAUGGCUUCGGAAUCCCUGAACGCAAAGCACGCCAGGCCCCAGGCGGCAAAGGGCAAGAGGCAGCAGCCCCCAGCUGCCAGGAGCAGAGCCUCCACAGGCGACAGCGAAGGAGAUGACACCUUCGUGUUUGAGGCCAAUGAAGCCUGGAAGGACUUCCACGGCUCCCUCCUGCGUUUCUACGAGCACGGGGAGCUCUGCGAUGUCACCCUCAAGGUGGGUUCAAAGCUCAUCUCUUGCCACAAGCUGGUGUUGGCCUGUGUUAUCCCCUACUUCAGAGCCAUGUUCCUCUCGGAAAUGGCCGAGGCCAAGCAAACACUGAUCGAGAUUAGAGAUUUUGAUGGCGAUGCCAUAGAGGACCUGGUGAAGUUUGUCUACUCCUCCCGGCUCACUCUGACUGUUGACAAUGUCCAGCCUCUCUUGUAUGCAGCCUGUAUUCUCCAGGUGGAGCUGGUCGCCCGAGCUUGCUGUGAAUAUAUGAAGCUACAUUUCCACCCCUCCAACUGCUUAGCGGUGCGAGCCUUUGCAGAGAGCCACAACCGCAGAGACUUAAUGGACAUGGCAGACCAAUAUGCCUGCGAGCAUUUCCCCGAGGUUGUGGAGUGUGAAGACUUUGUGAGUGUGUCACCCCAGCAUCUACACAAGCUUUUGUCCUCCAGUGAUCUCAACAUUGAGAAUGAAAAGCAGGUCUACAGUGCAGCCAUUAAGUGGCUUCUGGCCAACCCUCAGCAUCAUUCCAAAUGGUUGGAUGAAACACUUGCACAGGUCCGCUUGCCGCUGUUGCCGGUUGACUAUCUCAUGGGUGUUGUGGCAAAAGAGCAGAUCGUCAAGCAAAAUCUGAAAUGUAGAGACUUAUUGGACGAAGCAAGAAAUUACCACCUUCACCUGAGUAGCAGAGCAGUGCCUGACUUUGAAUACUCCAUCCGGACCACUCCAAGGAAGCAUACUGCCGGUGUGCUCUUCUGUGUGGGUGGCCGAGGAGGGUCUGGGGACCCGUUCCGAAGUAUUGAGUGCUACUCCAUCAGCAAGAACAGUUGGUUCUUUGGACCAGAAAUGAAUAGUCGAAGGCGACACGUGGGUGUGAUCUCUGUGGAAGGCAAAGUGUACGCAGUGGGUGGACAUGAUGGAAACGAGCAUCUAGGUAGCAUGGAGAUGUUUGACCCCCUCACUAAUAGAUGGAUGAUGAAGGCGUCAAUGAACACAAAGAGGCGAGGCAUUGCCUUAGCCUCCUUGGGAGGCCCCAUUUACGCAAUUGGAGGAUUAGACGACAACACGUGCUUCAAUGACGUGGAGAGAUACGACAUCGAGUCUGAUCAGUGGAGCACUGUAGCCCCAAUGAACACCCCCCGGGGAGGAGUCGGCUCUGUGUCUCUUGUAAACCAUGUUUACGCAGUAGGUGGCAAUGACGGAGUGGCCUCUUUAUCCAGUGUAGAGAGGUAUGAUCCGCACCUGGAUAAGUGGAUAGAAGUGAAGGAAAUGGGCCAGCGGCGAGCGGGCAAUGGCGUUAGUGAGCUCCAUGGUUGUUUGUACGUUGUCGGUGGAUUCGAUGAUAAUUCUCCACUGAGUUCAGUGGAACGAUACGACCCCCGAAGCAACAAGUGGGAUUAUGUGGCAGCACUCACCACCCCCAGGGGCGGUGUGGGAAUCGCCACCGUGAUGGGUAAAAUCUUCGCAGUGGGCGGUCACAACGGCAACGCCUACCUCAACACUGUGGAAGCAUUCGACCCCGUGCUGAACAGGUGGGAGCUGGUGGGCUCCGUGUCUCACUGUAGAGCGGGCGCGGGAGUAGCUGUGUGCGCCUGCCUCACCAGCCAGAUCCGAGACGUGGGCCACAGCUCCGGCAACGUGGUUGACUGUAUGUGACCCGCAUUCUGGUCCCCAGCUGUGAAUUCACCUCUGACAAGCAAGAAGGACACCCAGGAUCCUGUAGGACCUCCGUGACAUGGUUCAGCUACCCCUCUAGCAUCCUUUACAUACAAACUGUUGGGCUGUGACUCAGUGCGGCUUCAAGACUAGUAGCUGGAGACGCAUUAGUAACGGAGUGAGAUUUUGUGCUCCCUGCUUUAGCAGAUGUUGGAGCAGCCUGAAACCUAUAGACCUUCUGUGAGAAAUGUUAAAAGUGGUCCCCAAUUGUUGAAAUUCCUUUUAAAACAUGUUUUUGGAUGAAUCUUCAAUGGAAAAUCAAGUAAUGAACUGAGUUUUACGUUUCCCUUUGCCUUCAAGGUGUGAACCAGAGUCAACAAAUUCUUCCCGGGAGGGAGAGCAGAAUGGGUUCACCAGCGCAGGGUGGCAGGACACCAGAGACCUGAGUAUCUCUAGAGUCGGUGCUGAUGAACUGAUGCCUCCAUUUUCUCUAGGUGUUGAUUUUUUUUCUCAAUUGUUUUGGAAACCUAGAAAAGUAGAAAAAAAAAAUUUUUCAUCUUUCUGUACGCCCCUUGACUGCCUUCUCAGAAACGUAUAGUAGUCCUCCAAGAAGCCCUUAAUUGCACUUUGAGUUAAGAGGAUACCAAAGGACCUAGCUGAGUUCAUUGCAUCCGAAUGAAGCUGCACGUUGAUAUUUUUUUGUUCAUCUCAUGCAAAAAGGACAUGUCUCAUAGCCAGCAGAAGUUGAACCAGAGGAAAUAAUAAAGAAGACCUGAGAGUUGCUGUUAUUCUCAAGUUCAGACAAAAAGACUUUGAGAAGGAUGAUGCUGAUUACAGGAUUCUCUGACGAGGGGAAUCCGAAAAUACACUGAAAUCUGUUCUUUGGUGUAACUGGUUUAUCUUGAACCCAACAUUUAUUGUUAUCAUUCUGUCUUCUGUUUGCCAUCACCCUGGCUUUGCUCAGUGUACAUAAUCAGGAUUUAUUUCUCAGAAAAUGCUUCUCUCUUUUUUUUUUUUUAACCGAAACUCUAAGGAGAUUAAUUUGAGUUCAUCAUCAGUAAAAAAUACUGCUGCUUUCUCAUACCUAAGAACACCACUGUAGAAACUGCUGAAAACUUUAGGGUUUUUGGUUUUGUUUUUUUUACAUAAGACUUAAUUAGUUUGCAAUUUUUGGAAGUUCUAUAGAACAUCUGUAAACAUGAAAAAUCUUUGAGUCAUUAAAAGCAGACAUUUUAGUAAACUAUAUAUAUACUGCUGCUAAAAACAGAGAAAGAUCAACAGUACAGCAUGUCCUGUCCUGUUGAAUCCCCUCUGGUAUAGUUCAUUGAAGCUUAAUUUGAAAAUAUUUCUAUACAUCAGCUGAAGCCAAGAUUUUGAAGCUUCUCUUGAUUCUUCAGCUCUCACUGGUUUAACCAGCAUGAUGCAAUGGCCCCUAUAUACUUUAUAAAUAUUAGAUUAUUAAAGUAUUCAUCUUUGUAUUUGCAGUGUAUCCUGGAACCUCUCUUGGAGGCCUUCCCAGGCUCCCCUUUAGCUGCGUCUUAGAAUCUUGAGUAGUUCCCUGCCAGGCGAUCAUCUGGCUCAAAGUGGCCAAUGCAGAGAGGAAUGUGACUUGUGUUCACACAGCCCUAUGGUUUGUUCCUGGGGAGCUCCAACAGUCCUCAUUGAGUGGCCGUCAAGGCUGUUGGCACAGUGGUAUAAGAAGCCACAUUGGGAGUCAGGAGGUAGUGCAGCGGGUUAAGCGCAGGUAGCGCAAAGCACAAGGACCGGCAUAAGGAUCCUGGUUCGAGCCCCUGACUCCCCACCUGCAGGGGAGUUGCUUCAUUGGCGGUGAAGCAGGUCUGCAGGUGUCUUUCUCUCCCUCUGUCUGCCUUCCACUCCUCUCUCCAUUUCUCUCUGUCCUGUCCAUCAAUGAUGAUAUCAGUAACAACAAUAACUACAACAAUAAAACAACAAGGGCAACAAAAGGGAAUAAAUAAAUAAAUAUUUAAAAAAAAAAAAAAAAAAAGAAGCCACAUUACCAGGCCAGCACUUGCUGGGCAUAUAUGCCCCCCAAAAUAGAAAAAAUUGUAAAAGGGUCCAGAUUUUUCAUGAAGCAGACUUUUUUUUUCAAAAAGCAAAACAGUUGAACACCUCUCAACCUCUAAAUCCCCCUCCUCACUCACUCUGUCAUUCAUCUCCCCUCAGGUAACCUCAGUAUUGUCAUUCGUUUUGCUUUGUCUUUCCUUUUGCCCACCUAGGCAAAACCACCCAGGGUUCAUCUUUCUCCUCAUUCAUUUCACUUUGCAUAGUCCCCUCAGGUUUCCUCCACUUUGCUGUAAAAGGCAACAUUUCAUCUUUGAUACUAAGUUUUGGGCAAGCUAAGUCAUUGCUGAGUCUGAACCUGUGUUCUCUCAUAUAGCCGCAAGGGCAUUUUAGUCAUUCCCCAAAACAGCUCUCAGGCACUCAAUGGGCUGGUCACGCUGGGCUGGAGAUGGAGAGUGGGUCAGAAUCAGGUGUCUGUGUCUCACCCACUGUGGACUUUUUGUAUCUCAACACUCACUGGGUACGGCUACUUGUAUAUAUGUUCUAUUUAUCCUUUUGUGGGGAAGGGGAUCUUGAUGUUGCUGAUUCUGAGACAAUUGAAAAUGUGUUGUGUGUGUGUGUGUGUGUUUUACAAUUCCACCUUUGUGACUUUAGGAGGGUGAAGGCCUUGCGUUUCCAUUUCUGGCUUUCACUGAGCAGUAGCCAGCUGACAGAGAACCCUGGUGCCUUCGCUGCCCACAGGAGAGUAAAGGUAAACCUGUGCUGGUAGUGACACAAGGCAGGGCCAGAAGCAUCACCUUGCAGGACCCGACAACGUUAGGAGAGGAUAAACAACGGAGUCCACAUAUGCAGUCUCUUACUGAAAAACACAUUCUUGGAGAUGUGAACUACUAAAGAAAUGAAAUAUUCAAGGGUUGAACCUUGACUGUUAAUAGUACCUACCAAAAAUAAUAUAAGAUACAGCUACAAGUCUGAAAUUCUUAAGAAAAAAAGAGAAAGAAAGAUGAAUUCAGAAAUACCUGGGGGAGUCAGGCAGUCGGUAGCGCAGUGGGUUAAGUGCAGGUGCCACAAAGCACAAGGACCGGCAUAAGGAUCCCAGUUCAAGCCCCUGGCUCCCCACCUGCAGGGGAGUUGUUUCACAAGCAGUGAGGCAGGUCUGCAGGUGUCUUUCUCUCCCCCUCUCUGUCUUCCCCUCCUCUCUCCAUUUCUCUCUGUCCUAUCCAACGAGGGCGACAACAAUAAUAACUACAACAAUAAAACAAGGGCAACAAAAGGGAAUAAAUAAAUAUUAAAUAUAUAUAUAUAUAUCUGUAGGUGCUUCUGUAUAAUUCUCCCAUGUAAACGGCAAGGCCUGUGCUUUACCAUAUUGCACUGUCACUUUAGAAACAAAUCACUUGAUAUUGUUUUUUACUAAUUUCACGUUAACUACUUUUUACUCCUGAGGACUAUUGUUCAUCCUCUUCAUUUGAAAUUGAAUUCUGUAUUUAUGCUGAUAAAUGCCUAGAUUGAAUGAAUCCAUCAGACUUUCAGUUUUUUUUUCCCUCAAGGUCGAGAGAGAGAGAGAAUGUGUUUAUAGAAAGACUGCAUUAAUUCAUUUUGUUAACAACUAAGAAUGUUUUCUGCUGUUUCUCAAAUCAAAUGUUAAAGGAGGUUAUUUUGAUGCCAUUGAUUCUUUUUCCCCUUUAUGUAGAGUUACACAUUACAAUAAAGCUUCUGUAUAUUUUUUUAAA